AACCGAGCAACUUCCUUUUUGCUUGCGGCUGUCAAUUGAAGCGCAACUUGCACGUGAAUUCUCUGCGAAUUUAGCGAUUUAACAUGGACAAACCAGUUGUUUGGGCACGCGUGAUGAAGGUUCUGGGCCGCACCGGCUCCCAGGGCCAAUGUACGCAGGUGAAGGUGGAGUUCCUCGGCGAGCAGAACCGCCAGAUCAUCCGGAAUGUGAAGGGACCCGUGCGCGAGGGCGACAUCCUGACCCUUUUGGAGUCCGAACGCGAGGCCAGGAGGCUGCGCUAAUUGGCGACCCGCUCGAGAGGACCUUUUUUACACACUGUUUUUGCACGCGGCUUUUUUCUGAGGAAAUCUGCGGACGGCUGCUGCUGAAAUAUUCUCGUUAUAAACAAAUGAAAAUACACACCUAAUUCGCCAGAAAAAUCA